CGAAGUGGGCGGAGACACGCCGCGGGCAAAAAAGUGUGUUUAUUAAAGCAGAGCAGGGCAGGCGGCGCGCGCCUCUCCCAGCCCCGCCCCCUCCGUGCGUGUUUUUGUCCGAUUCCGUUCCGUUCCCUUUUCUAAUGGUGUCCUUCCGCUGACGCGUCUUUUUUUUUUUUCUUAUUUAUUCUUUAAUUGCCGUUAUUACUGACCGACGUCGUGGGGGAGUCGAUCGUUUGGAUGCGGGUUUGACCACCGUGUUCCUCCCGAAACGCAGCGUGACAUGUCGGAGUCGAACCUGCAGGGGUCUUGGGUGGAGCUGCACUUCAGCAACGGCAGCGGCGGCGAUGGCCCAGCCGGGGGAGAGGAGCAGGUGUCCGCCUCCGCUCACGGUGGCGACAUGGAGAAGAUGCUGCUGGAGGCGCAGCACGAGUCCGGCCGGAGCAGCUCGAGAGGAAGUCUCCCUUGUGACAGUCCCCCGCGACCCCAGACUCCUCUGCAGGCUCAGAGAGGCUCUGAGACACAGAGCACUGGAGAGAGGAACAGCUUUCAGUCUGAAGAAGACUACCUUGAAAGACGGCAAGAGGUGGAGACUCUAAUGAAGAAAAAUGCCGACUGGAUCUGGGACUGGUCGAGUCGUCCGGAGAACUUACCUCCCAAAGAGUUCUUGUUCAAGCACCCCAAGCGGUGCAGCACCCUCAGCAUGAGGAACACCAGAGUAAUGAAGAAGGGAGGCCUUUUCUCAGCUGAGUUCCUCAAGUUCUUCCUUCCCUCCCUACUCAUCUCCCACAUACUGGCUGUGGGUCUCGGGGUCUACAUUGGAAGACGUCUUGCGACCCCAACCAGCACCUUGUAGACGCGUGCAAGACGCCGUCUCCUCAGCUUAUGACGCCCCAGUGAUGCUUCCUUAGACGCUAAUAGGCAUCGUGCCCCCCCAGUGCCCCCUGGCCUUGCAGCGCUUGCGUCCUUGUGCAUUUCCGUUGCCCCAGCUUACCGUUCUGUGUUGUUAGAGCCGCCGCCAUCCAGCUGCGCCGUACGUGUCCCUUCGCUUCUGCCUUCCCACCGCUGUGCCGCUAGGAUGUGUCGAGUGUUGGCUUCAGAGCUGCCAUCCACCGCUCGCAUUUACUGUGAACAGUUGAGUUUUUCUUCAGAGCGAAAAUGCAACAAAGGGAUGCAAGACAUGUUGGUGUUCGAUUCUAAAGGGCAUUUCGGAGGUUAAACUGCACAGGGAGAGAGGAAAGGAAACAAUAUUGAUUAUAUAUUUAUCUACUGUCAGUUUUUACACAUUGGGGUAUACUGGAGCCUUGCAGGUACUUUGCUCAAAGUUAACUGUAAUUUUCAGGGUGACUCAUGAAGAGUUUGUUCUUUCGGCACUGCUGUACCACUCUUCACAUACUGUCCUCAGAGUUGCUUCUUGUGAACCUGCCAGAGAACACAGAAUAUGUUCACACACACACACACACACACAUAGAUGAAUGUAAAGGGGGAUGUAAAACAAACUGAGAAACCAAAGGGUUACAGUUUAAACAGUUAUGGAGAUGACGAUCAUGGUAAUUAUGACAUGCAUAUGAUAACAGUUCACCAAAAAAAAUUGUUUGAAUGUUAACAUCUGUAUAGAUUUAAAUAGGAAGAAUGAGUCAGUGUAAAAAGAAAAAAGAAAAAAAAAAAUCACUUAUUGUAGCAGUACAGGUCAAACUAAUCUUUUAGACAUGUAAUGUUUCAGUGGUUUUGUAGGAUCAAUGGGAAAUGUAACUGUUUUGGUGUAAAUAAAUCAAUUCACCUGGAUUGAUUUUUUUGCAUGUUUCUAAUGCCUGAAUUCCUACAGAAUUAAAAUAUUUAUUUCAACCCUUGAAA